AUGGCGGCAGCCGAAACCCGCAGACUGCUUGAGCAGCUCAUGGGGGAGCAGUACAUGUCUGGCGCCGAUACUCGAGCCCCUCAGCUCAGCAUCACUGAUCCCAAGGUCUGUCGGUCAUUCCUGGUUGGGAGCUGCCCCCAUGAUCUCUUCACGAACACAAAACAAGACAUGGGUCCCUGUCCGAAGGUGCACAACGAUGCGUUGAAGACAGAAUAUCAAGAAGCAUCCCCCGAGCAAAAGCGCGUCUGGGGUUUCGAGUUUGACUACUUGAAUGACAUGCGCAAAUAUAUUGAUGAUUGCAAUCGGCGUAUCGAAACAGCACAGCGCCGACUGGAAAAGACUCCCGAAGAGAUUAGGCAGACAAACAACCUGCUCAAACAAAUCAACGAACUCACUAAGGCAAUCGACGCCGCGAUGCUCGAAAUUGAAAUCAUGGGCGAAGAAGGGAUGGUGAACAUGGCUGUGCAGGAAUUCUACAAGGUGCGUUUGAAGAAGCAAGAGAAGGAGGAGCGCGAACGGGAGCUCAAAGCUCUGGCGGAUACCGGAGGCCCGUCAGGUCAUCAGAAGCUGCAGGUGUGCGAUGUCUGCGGUGCGUAUCUCUCCAGAUUGGACAACGAUCGUCGAUUGGCAGAUCACUUCUACGGUAAGAUGCAUCUCGGAUACGCCAAUAUGCGCAAAUCGUUCGACGCUCUGCAAAAAGAGCUCAAAGGGCGCCCACCUCCGGUUCGCCAAAAUUAUCCGCACGACGACCGCGACAUGAAUGGCCCUCGUGGCCCGGGUGGAUGGGGAGGCGGUGGCUACGGUGGCGGCGGUGGGUAUGGCCGCGGUGGGCGGCGUGGGGGACGCGGUGGAAGGCGUGGCGGCUGGUGA